UGUGUAUUGUCGCAGAAGGCCUUGCGAGUGUGCUGAGCACAGACCGAGGAGCUCGCAACCGAACGCGAGCGACGGAGACACACGGGCUCGGGGCAUCUGGCUUGCUUCCUUCGCGCAGACGCUAAGCCGCAGCCGACCAUGUCGGGGCUGGUGCAGGGCUACAAGGACUUCAUGGAGCGGAACGCCGACCCGCGGACGGCGUCGUGGCCCCUGAUGUCAGGGCCGGCACCUCUGGUGAUCCUGCUCAUGUCGUACCUGUACUUCUGCACCAAAGCGGGCCCCCGCUUCAUGAGCAACCGCAAGCCGUUCGCGCUCACCCACGUGAUGACGGUGUACAACGCCGUGCAAGUGGCGGCCAGCGUGCUGCUCGUCUAUGAGGGACUUCAAGGGGGUUGGUGGAAUGGAUACAGUUUUCGCUGCCAACCAGUGGAUUAUUCAAACAAUCCCACCGCAUUGAGGAUGGCGCGAGCGGUGUGGCUCUACCUAAUGUGCAAACUCGUGGAGCUUCUAGACACCGUCUUCUUCGUUCUACGCAAGAAAAACAACCAAGUGUCGUUUCUACACCUCUGGCAUCACACGAUGAUGCCUAUCUGUGCUUGGAUCGGCACCAAAUUUUUGCCAGGUGGUCAGGGCACCCUUCUGGGAGUAAUCAACAGCUUUGUACAUGUUGUAAUGUACUCAUAUUAUCUGGUAGCAGGGCUAGGACCCCAGUACCAAAAAUAUCUCUGGUGGAAGAAAUACCUCACGCUCUUGCAGUUGGUGCAGUUCGUCGUGGUGUUCCUGCACCUGGUGCAGCUGUUCUUCACUCCGUGCAACUACCCCAUGCCCAUCGUUGCCCUGCUCUCCACCAACGCCCUGUUCUUCCUGUACCUGUUCGGGCGCUUCUACGUCCGCACGUACCUCAUGUCGAAGCCCGCCGCCGCGCGGGACCCGUCUCCGCGAAGGAUGUCCUCCGCCCCGCUUCAGCCGCUGCUGCCCCGCAGGAAGCACGCGUAGGCGCUCGCCCGGUCCUCCGUCCGCCGCCCGCCCCGCCGCCCCACGCACGUCGUCCGCUCCGCAAAAGAUGCCUGGUGCAGGUGUCUCCUCCUCUCAUUGGACACUCUACGUAGUUGUACCUGCCGUAAAAGCAACUGAAUGUCUCUCCUUUACUUCAGCUGGAAAGACUGAUUGGGUUCCAGUCAUGAAAUUUGGUUGCUUGCUAUUUGCCUAAAGGAGAAUGCCGAGGAGAAGAAGAAGAAGAUGGAGUGACUUACUGUGAUAAGUACAUUCCCCGAAGAACCAAACCUUAAUCCAAAGGAGCAAACAAGCUUCAUUUGUACCUUCUUGCGCCAGAAAUUUUCGGACACUCUUUAGAGUUGUACCUGCUAUAAAAACAUUUGCAUCUGUCUUCUAUGUUUCUACUGGAAAACUGAUCGAUUUCCGAACUGGGUGCCAGUCGCUUGCAGUUUUCGGGAUCGCCGUUGGUAACCUGAGAGACAUGUUGCCGAAGCAGAAGUUGGAAUGUUUUGGAAGAAUAAAAUACAACCCAAAGGACCCAUCAAACUGUACUCGUCCUUUUAUCAGUCACUCUCUAAAGGUGUUCUUGAUGUUCAAACAAUUCCGUCUUCUUUUCUUCAACUGGCAAACCGAUCGGUUUAAAGUCAUGAAAUUGACUGGCUGCAGUUUUUGUGAUUGUCGACUGAAACGUGCAGGAGACGCUGGCACCAUGUGGAGAAGAUGAUGGCAUUCGGAUGGAUUUCUUCAGAACGUUAUUUCUCGAAGAGCCCAAAGUUUUGUCAAGUUGUGUAUCCAUAUUUGGCCACAACGUUUUUUCUUUACAUACAUUUGAAUAAAAAUAUAUUUCCGUCGCCUUUUCUUCUUCUAGAU